CAGCUGCAGUGGACUUUAGAACGUUUUUACACUAUUUAAAUACGGGUGUGUCUGAUAUUUGGCAAAUUCAUUUCAAGCCAAAUGAUGUGUCACACUCAAGAGCUAGGAUGGGCCCAGCUGGGAGGCUGCCCUAGUUUUCUGAGCGUGACCUGACUGAAUUCCUUCGCUUCUGGCAGAGAACAGGCAUUUCCCCUUCCUUUCCUCCCCCGCCUGCUUCUCAACUCGAGCUGAGAAGAGUGUUAAGUCUUACUGCGUCUCAGAGAUUUUCCAGAUGAAAUGCAAAGUAAGAAUAAAGGGAGAGAGCCCUGUUGCUGCCCAGCUGUUUAUGGUCUCUGGAUCUCAAGGACAGCAACCCUCUAUUUAUUCCUGGGUUUUAUUAGUGUUUCCAGUGUAACAGUGUCACUUCCUCUAAACAAGAAACAGAUUCUUAAAAUGUCAGCCUUUCAUGCGUCAUUUUGGAUCAGUCCUGGUUGGGGUGGAGCACAGACAGACCUGGGCCCCCAAACAGCUCUGCCAUUUGCUGCGUGCAGGUCACAGAGCGUUUGUGACUCAGUUUCCUUUUUGGUAAAAUGGGACUGUUGCAAGCACUGAUGUUGAGGUAAUACUCAUAGGGUAACUUCAAUAAGUGAGACUCGACGUUUUGUUAAUAUUAACUAGCUGAAUGACUGGACGAGCCCCUUCACUUUAGGUGCUGUUUCCUUAUCGAGAAUACAAGGAAGCUGAUCCCAAAGCCCUCUCCAGCCCUCUUCAGCAGACAGUCCCGUGGGUCCUCACUCUAAGGCACUCUUGAACAUUGAGGACUUCGUCAUUCUUCCCCACACCCCUCCCAUUCCCCAUCUCUUAGUGGUGGUCUAACCCUCCCCGCCAUCCCCUUCCCUCUCACUUCUCAUAUCUGUUUGGAAGCUGCAGAUUGCUGAAUUUCCAGGACUUUAAUCCGCGCCCUUCGCCCUCGGCACCGGCUUAGCGGACGACCUAUCUCAAGGGAGGCGCCCUCCGCGCUUGGAUCCAUCCCGUGGCGUCCGGGCCGUGGAUCUCGAGGUGGGAGACGGGAGGAGAACGCAGACCAUCCGGCGCCACUGUCGGACCCGCCAGCUUUUCCAAACUUCUGGAGGAGCCUGAGCGCCCUCUCCGCCCGGCAGUGGGAGGCAGCCAGCAGUCCUGGGACCGCGCCGGCGCGGGUGGUCCUCGCCUUGCAGCUGGGGAAGAGCUAGCCUUGCACGCGCGGGUGCCCCGAAGGAGCCCAGGCCGCGCAGCAUCUGGCUACCCGACCCUGGAGCUCCUCGGGCCCCAUCAGGUCAGACCCCCAGAGCCGAACGGGGUAUCUGCAGCGCCACGCCCUUGGGCGCCACCCUGCAGGCGUGGGCGGGCCCUGGACUGUCCCCGCUGGAGGCGGCGCGCGGGGGGGUGGGGAUCCAGAAGUAAUGAGAUGCUAAUGAGGUUUGAAUUAGGCCCCGGCGGCGCCCUGCGCCCCUCGUAGAAGCCCACACUCCGCGGGACUCAAGGCGCACGCCGUGCGCCGCCCCGCAUCCCCGACCGAUCUCGGCGCUUCCGCCCCCAUCCCGCCCUUCCACCAGCCUCAACUGGGUUACCAGCCCGGCAGGAAGCGGCCCCCUUCCGGCCCCGGAGCAGCGGUGCGUCAGAAAUAGACCCACGUCUCAGUUGCCCAGUCAGUUGCAACAUCUUGCUGCUGCUUGUUGCGGUAGUUUGACAGUGGGAAGUGGAACCCACGCGGACGGAGGCUGUUUCUCUGUCAGGAGCCGCUCGCCUAUGCCCAGCUGCUGCCCUCCCCAGGAGCCCCAGAGAGGCCUCCAUGGCUUCACCCACGUCCACCAACCCAGCGCAUGCCCACUUUGAGAGUUUCCUGCAGGCCCAACUGUGCCAGGAUGUGCUGAGCAGCUUCCAGGAGCUAUGUGGGGCCCUGGGGCUGGAGCCUGGUGGGGGGCUGCCCCAGUACCACAAAAUCAAGGACCAGCUCAACUACUGGAGCGCCAAGUCACUGUGGACCAAGCUGGACAAGCGAGCCAGCCAGCUUGUCUACCAGCAGGGCCGGGCCUGCACCAACACCAAGUGCCUGGUGGUGGGUGCCGGACCUUGCGGACUACGGGCCGCUGUAGAGCUGGCACUGCUGGGGGCUCGCGUUGUGCUGGUGGAAAAGCGCACCAAGUUCUCACGCCACAACGUGCUUCACCUCUGGCCCUUCACCAUCCAUGACCUGCGGGCACUUGGUGCUAAGAAGUUCUAUGGGCGCUUCUGCACCGGCACCCUGGACCACAUCAGCAUCCGGCAGCUCCAGCUGCUUCUGCUGAAGGUGGCAUUGCUGCUGGGGGUGGAAAUUCACUGGGGUGUCACUUUCACUGGUCUCCAGCCCCCUCCUAGAAAGGGGAGUGGCUGGCGUGCCCAGCUCCAACCCAACCCCCCUGCCCAGCUGGCCAACUAUGAAUUUGACGUCCUUAUCUCAGCUGCUGGAGGUAAAUUUGUCCCUGAAGGCUUCAAGGUUAGAGAAAUGCGAGGUAAACUGGCCAUUGGCAUCACAGUCAACUUUGUGAACGGACGCACCGUGGAGGAGACACAGGUGCCAGAGAUCAGCGGUGUAGCCAGGAUCUACAACCAGAGCUUCUUCCAGAGUCUGCUCAAAGCCACAGGCAUUGAUCUGGAGAACAUUGUGUACUACAAAGAUGAUACCCACUACUUUGUGAUGACAGCCAAGAAGCAGUGCCUGCUGCGGCUGGGGGUACUGCGCCAGGACUGGCCAGAAACUGAUCGGCUGCUGGGCAAUGCCAAUGUCGUGCCUGAGGCUCUGCAGCGCUUUGCCAGGGCAGCUGCUGACUUUGCCACCCAUGGCAAGCUCGGGGAACUAGAGUUUGCCCAGGACGCCCAUGGGCAGCCUGAUGUCUCUGCCUUUGACUUCACAAGCAUGAUGCGGGCAGAGAGUUCUGCUCGCGUGCAAGAGAAGCAUGGCGCCCGCCUGUUGCUGGGACUGGUGGGGGACUGCCUGGUGGAGCCCUUCUGGCCCCUGGGCACUGGAGUGGCACGAGGCUUCCUGGCAGCCUUUGAUGCAGCCUGGAUGGUGAAGCGGUGGGCAGAGGGUGCUGAGUGCCUAGAGGUGUUGGCUGAGCGUGAGAGCCUGUACCAGCUUCUGUCACAGACAUCCCCAGAAAACAUGCAUCGUAAUGUGGCCCAGUAUGGGCUGGACCCAGCCACCCGCUACCCCAACCUGAACCUCCGGGCAGUGACCCCCAAUCAGGUGCGAGACCUAUACGACGUGCUAGCCAAAGAGCCUGUGCAGAGGAACAGCGACAAGACAGAUGCGGGGAUGCCAACCACCGGGUCAGCAGGCACCCAGGAGGAGCUGCUACGCUGGUGCCAGGAGCAGACAGCUGGGUACCCAGGAGUCCACGUCACCGAUUUGUCUUCUUCCUGGGCUGAUGGGCUGGCUCUGUGUGCCCUGGUGCACCGGCUGCAGCCUGGCCUGCUGGAACCCUCAGAGCUGCAGGAGCUGGAGGCUCUGGAAGCAACUGCUUGGGCGCUAAAGAUGGCAGAGCAUGAGCUGGGCAUCACGCCGGUGGUGUCUGCACAGGCUGUGGUGGCAGGGAGCGACCCACUGGGUCUCAUUGCCUACCUCAGCCACUUCCACAGUGCCUUCAAGAGCACGCCCCACAGGCCAAGCCCUGUCAGCCAGGCCUCCCCAGGGACCUCCAGUGCUGUAUUAUUCCUUGGCAAACUUCAGAGGACCCUGCAGCGAUCCCGGGCCAAGGAAAAUGUGGAGGAUGCUGGUGGCAAGAAGCUGCGCUUGGAGAUGGAGGCUGAGACCCCAAGCACUGAGGCGCCACCUGAGCCAGAGCCUGGUGUACCCCUGACACCUCCAUCCCAACACCACGAGGGGUCCAUGCAGGCCGGUGCCGAGGACCUGUGUGCACUUUGUGGGGAACACCUCUACGUCCUGGAACGUGUCUAUGUCAACGGCCAUUUCUUCCAUCGGAGCUGCUUCCGCUGCCAUACCUGUGAAGCCACACUGUGGCCAGGUGGCUAUGGGCAGCACCCAGGAGAUGGACAUUUCUACUGCCUCCAGCACCUGCCCCAGCCAGACCACGAGGAGGAAGGCAAUGACGGAGGCCCUGAGAGCCCGGAGCUCCCUACACCAAGCGAGACUAGCAUUCCCCCAGGCCUCUCAACUCCCACGGCCUCACAGGAGGGGGCCGGUCCUGUUCCAGGUCCCAGCCAGCCCAGCCGGCGGCGGAUCCGCCUCUCCAGCCUGGAACGCCAGCGGCUGGCCUCCCUUAACAUUACCCCUGACUCGGAAAUGGAGCCUCCGCCCAAGCCCCCCCGCACCUGCUCCGCCUUGGCCCGCCAGGCCCUGGAGAGCAGCUUUGUGGGUUGGGGCCUGCCAGUCCAGAGCCCUCAAGUUCUUGUGGCCAUGGAGAAGGAGGAAGAGUGUCCCUCCUCCAGUGAAGAGGAAGUGGAAGAAGAAGAUGUGCCUUUGGACUCAGACGUGGAGGCCCUGCUGACCCUGGCCAAGACCUCAGGCACCAUGAAUAACUACCCAACGUGGCGUCGGACUCUGCUGCGCCGCGUGAAGGAGGAGCAGAUGAAGAGAUUCCGCAAGGCUCAGGCCAUCCAACGGCGACUACAUGAGAUCGAGGCUGCCCUGAGGGAGCUAGAGGCCGAGGGUGUGAAGCUGGAGCUGGCCCUGAGGCGCCAGAGCAGUUCCCCAGAAGAGCAAAAGGUACUAUGGGUAGGACAGCUGCUACAGCUCGUUCAGAAGAAAAACAGCCUGGUGGCUGAGGAGGCCGAGCUCAUGAUCACGGUACAGGAGUUGAACCUGGAGGAGAAACAGUGGCAGCUGGACCAGGAGCUACGAGGCUACAUGAACCGGGAAGAAACCCUAAAGACAGCUGCUGAUCGGCAGGCCGAGGAUCAGGUCCUGAGGAAACUAGUGGAUGUGAUCAACCAGAGAGAUGCCCUCAUCCGCCUCCAGGAGGAUCGCAGGCUCAGUGAGCUGGCCUUGGGGACAGGGGCCCAGGGAUAGAAGAGGGUGGGCUGUCUGCCUUCGUUCCCACAAAGAAAACACCUCACCCCUACACAGUGCCACCCCUGUUCAUCUGGGCUGCCUGGCAGAGAGCCUUGCUGUUUAUCAUUAAAAUGGUUCUGCCACAAA